AUGGCUUUCCAGAACUCAAGAGCCUCACGUUUUCGUUCAGCUGCAAAGGAGUUGCUCUGUGGCCAUGGUGAGAGGCCGAUUUUGCGAACUUCACCGACGAAGGAUAACCCGGGACGAAGAUUUUGGGGUUGCGUAUACUAUGAGGUUCAGGAUGGCUGUGAUUUCUUCAGAUGGGCAGAUCUGGAACCUGGAGGUGUUCAGGAAGAGGUUGAAAUUGCAAGAAAUAGGAGGAAGAUAACGAAAUUAAAGACAAGAUUGAAGGAGGUGGAGACGAAGCUUUGGUUGUUGCUGCUCUAUUUCAUGAGUAAAGCACAAAAGCAUUGA